UCGGGCUGCGGGCUUUGUCUCGGCGCGAGGUGCACAGUCAGUAUUGCACCUCCCGCGGGCCAGCUUCCCCUUCCCGCCUGGUGGAAGCCGCAGGGACGCGUCGGCCCGAGUAGAACAUUUUAGGAUUUUGGCUGGGUCCUUUCCGGGAGGCGGAGCUCGGAUCCGCAUUUCCUUUCUCCCGGGCCUGGUCCCAGUGGGCGGUGGCGAGACCUCAGUGCGUUGGAGACCCCGGCGCCGGCGCCUACGAGUCUCCCGCGCGGGCCUAGAGCUGCGCCCAGGCCUCGGUGGCAGCAUGGGCGGCGCCCGGGACGUGGGCUGGGUGGCGGCGGGCCUGCUUCUUGCGGCCGGUGCCUGCUACUGCGUUUACAGGCUGACGCGAGGCCGACGGCGAGGCGGGCGCGGGCUCAGGCUGCGUCCCUCGCGGUCUGCAGAAGACUUAACCAAUGGUUCAUAUGAUGAUGUCCUAAAUGCUGAACAACUUCGGAAACUCCUUUACCUGCUUGAGUCAACUCAAGAUCCUGUAAUUAUUGAGAAAGCUUUGGUCACUGUGGGUAACAAUGCAGCCUUUUCAGUUAACCAAGCUAUUCUUCGUGAACUGGGUGGUAUCCCAAUUGUUGGAAACAAAAUCAAUAGUCCUAACCCCAGUAUUAAAGAGAAAGCUUUAAAUGCAUUAAAUAAUCUGAGUGUGAAUGUUGAAAACCAAAUCAAAAUAAAGAUAUACAUCAAUCAAGUCUGUGAGGAUGUCUUCUCUGGUCCCCUGAACUCCGCUGUGCAGCUGGCAGGACUAAGAUUGUUAACAAACAUGACUGUUACCAACGACCACCAACAUAUGCUUCACAGUUACAUUACAGAUCUGUUCCAGGUGUUGCUUACUGGAAAUGGAAGCACCAAGGUUCAAGUUUUGAAACUGCUUUUGAAUUUGUCUGAAAAUCCAGCCAUGACAGAAGGACUACUCAGCGCCCAAGUGGAUUCGUCAUUCCUUUCCCUUUAUGAUGGCCACAUAGCAAAGGAGAUUCUUCUUCGAGUACUUACAUUGUUUCAGAACAUAAAUAACUGCUUCAAAAUGGAAGGGUGUUCAGCUUCACAGCAUUUCACUAAAGGUUCAUUAUUUUUCCUGUUAUAUGGAGAAGAGUGUGCCCAGAAAAUAAGAUCUUUAGUUCAUCACCAUGACACAGAGGUGAAGGAAAAGGUUGUAACAAUAAUACCAAAAAUCUGAUGAGUCGGUCAUAUUUUCCCAAAGAGAAAUACAGUCUAGUAAUAGCACACAUAACUUCUUAUUUCCCAUCUUCCUUCUAAGGGGAUUCUUCCAAUUGCUGAAUUUAAACAGUAAAUACCACAUUGCAUCAUUAACACAGCU